AUGAUGGACAGUGGUCCGUCUCCUGGAGUGUACGCUGCAAGCCUAGUGGAAAGUCUGCUGGGAGCAGAUGCAGCUUCUGCCUCCCAUGUCCAUGACUACCUCCAUCUUGCCCUUAGGUCAAGGUCCAGUUCGACCUCCAGCUCGGGCUCCAGUACUAGCACAGGCUCCAGCAGUGGCUCCAGCUCCUCCUCGGCAUCCAGCCGCUCAGGAAGUUCCAGCACAUCCCGUAGCUCCAGCUCCAGCAGCUCCUCUGGCUCUCCAAGCCCUUCUCGGCGCAGACAUGACAACAGGCGGCGCUCCCGAUCCAAAUCCAAGCCACCUAAAAGAGAUGAGAAGGAGAGGAAAAGACGAAGUCCUUCCCCUAAACCCACCAAAGUACAUAUUGGGAGGCUCACCAGGAAUGUGACCAAGGAUCACAUCAUGGAGAUAUUUUCCACCUAUGGGAAAAUUAAAAUGAUUGACAUGCCCGUAGAAAGGAUGCACCCCCAUCUGUCCAAGGGCUAUGCCUACGUGGAGUUUGAGAAUCCAGAUGAAGCUGAGAAGGCACUGAAGCACAUGGAUGGAGGUGGGUGACCCUGCCAGCAUCCCUGACUUCCCACCUC